AAGUGAAGCUGAUAAAAAGGGUGCAAAUUCAAAACAAGCUAUGAAUGAGGCAAACACAGCAUUGAAUGUUGCCCUGGUUUUACGGGGGCUGGUGAUCAUGAUUGUACAUUUCCAAUCACUCCAGUUCAAGUGAAGGCCAAGAAGGGGACCAAGGCAGUGGUUACUUAUGCUUUCCUAGAUCAAGGAAGUACAGCAACGUUCUGCACAGGGAGCCUCAUGAACAAGCUCAACCUGACAGGAAAAGGAACGUGCAUUCGCUUACGCACCGUGGCUCAAGAGAAGGUUGGCUAAUCCAAGUACAUAUUCUACGUGGAUGGUUUUUAUACCAUGUUAGAGGAUUGGGAAACUUAAAAACCAACACAAGGGGAAAAGAUGAAAUAUGGGCAACAUGAUGUCUGGUUCUAGUGAGGAGAGAGAGCACUUGUUACCAAACCUGACGCCACGGCACAGGGAGCUGGUUCCAACGCUGUGUGGUCCGAUCAGGCAAUGUUCGGAACUGUCCUGUUCAGAGAAGAGCUACAUCACUGUGGCAGUCUUUUCUCUCCUGGUCGUCUUGGGCACCAAUAUUGCAAGUAUUGUACAUCAGAGCAAAGCUGAAAAGACAGAACUGGACUGGGAAGAAGUUGCCAUCUCAGUGAUACAGCUCAUUGGUGUAGUGUUCUGCGUUUACUAUGUGUUGCGGGGGGUGCUGCAGGAGAAGCAACUGGAGCUGGUGGCCUUCGUUCUGUCCAUAUUGUUGGUCUUGGUCCGUUCCAUUGUGAACUUCAUUGUGGCCAGACCAGAGGAAAAGAAAUCUGUGCAGGUCAGGUUUGGUUGCAGUGUGGUGCUCGGAGUGUCUCUGAUGAUUAUAAGUAUCAUCCACCUGAUGAAAAGAGACGGAUACAUGACCUUCCGAGUAGCAGGGGCCCUGGAGAGAGGGCAGUCCCGCUACAUCACCCAGACCCUCUGCUUUUCCCUGGUCACCUUUGAUCUUCAGGCCCAGCUCUGCCUGUACAUUCUCCUGAUCGCAUUACCUCUUCAUCUCUCUUUGUGUAACACCAUCAUCUUGGCAGUGGGCAUCCUCUGGGCAAUCAUCAAAGCUGCUCUCGGCCUCACAGCGGAAGAAAGAAUCGAAUCUAAAGAAUCAAAAAAAGACAAGAAUAAAAACAGGUACAGCUUGAAAAAGAUUCUCAGAGAAAAUAAGCAUCUCAUCAGAAUGUUCCUGGUGCUGAAUCUCCCAGAGCUGGCCUACCUGUGUUAUCUGAUCUACCUGAUCACCAUGGUGUGGAUAUGCCAGGGAACCAAUAUCUUGAAAGCCGAUGGAAUAAUCGGGGAGGUCAUUGCUGUCAGUGUCAAAUUCGGCCUGUUACAUUCAAUGCUCAGAGCCUCUGGCUACUUCGGUGAUGGAAUCCCUGAAAGAGCGUCUGCUUCGACCAGCUCCCAUCCCUAGGCAGGGAGAUCGGAUCGCCAACGAUUCCUGACACCAGUCUCUGCAGUGUUUAGUGAAACAGGAUGCAAAGCAGGAACCAUGAGCAGUGCACCCCAGACCCAGCGCUGGAUGGUGGGAUUAGACACAGUGGGACAGAUGGUGAAUCAUUUCCUGCACUCCUGAUCAGUGAGAGAUGUGUGUUAUUGUCAGUUUCAUCCAAUGUUCACUGUGCAUGUCUAUUUUUAUAUCUUUAUUUUUCUACCAAAUCUUGCAAAUGAAUUUUUAAUGGUUAGUGGAGAUAACUGAGUUACUACAGAAUAAAUAUAUUUUAUUAACUAGCUUGUAGCUACUUUUCAGACUUUGAUACUGAUUGUAAUGAAACUUCCAGGGUUGUCAAAUUCAAUGUUGGAUGCAAUAAAAUAAGCAAAUAUAUGUAAACCAUCCGGUGGAAUUGUAUAAAUUAAAUCACAGGCCGAAUUUAUUUGUAAUUUUUCUUAUU